GGUAAGAUAUAAUUAUUAUAACGCUAUGGCCUUUCGACGGAUUCGCGAUAACAGUUUUUAUUGUUUUCUCGCUGGUUGUGCGAUAACUUCAGUUUAUUUCUUGUGCGUAAGUUAUUCCACCUCUUCGCAACUGCAACUGAGAAAUUACAGCAAUUUGUCCAAACAUUACAGUCAGAUUUGCAAUCAAUGGAAAUCGGAACUUGAGAUGCGACAUACAAAAAACAUAGCGAAUGUUACAAACGAUGAAAACACCUAUUACGAUGAGGAAGAGACAAAAAAUCUUUUGGACGAUUACUUCACAUGCGACUCUAUACCGAAAUACAAAUACAUAGUCCAAAGAGGCCAGUACUAUGCCAUUUUUAAUUUUGUACAAGCUGAAAAGGAGGUGGGUUGUACUGAGACCAUAACACUGACGGCACCAGGAGACUACAGGUUUUUGGACAAUGUGGCUCCGCUUGUUGAAAGGUGGAGAGGGCCUGUCAGUAUAGCCUUGUACGCCCCUGGGCAUGAUUUCUACACCACCUUGCAGGCCAUAGCUUACGUCAGACAAUGCGAAAAUCGACUCAUUAAGGACUUAGUUUCAUUCCAUGUAUUUUUCGAUAUCAACCAUGUUCCAAUACCCAGGAACGAAACUCAUAUACUGGACACCUACACAGACACAUACAACUGCUCCAUACCACCUCCAUGGGAAACUCUAACAGAUCUGGAUAUGUACAAAACCAACAACAGCCUUCUCUACCCUAUCAACACGGCCCGCAACAUCGCCAAACUAGCAGCCAGAACGUACUUCCAGUUUCCUAGCGACAUAGAAUUGUAUCCAACAAGAAAUUUCAUACAACUAUUCUUGAACUUUGUCAAGAACAACUUAAAUUUAUUCGGCCAGGAUUCCAAGAACGUAUUUGUACUGCCCAUUUUUGAAAUAUUCGAAGAUCAAGCAGUGCCAGAGAACAAAACUGCGCUACAGAAAAUGUUGAAGAGUAAUACAGCGAUAUUGUUUCACCAGAAGAUGUGUGCUUUGUGCCAUAGAGUCAUUAACGGCGAAAAUUGGGUGUUAGCAAACGAAACCAAAGGCUUAGGAGUAUUUUCUGUUGGAAAAAGGCAAGGCAGAUAUAUGGUAUGGGAACCGUUUUUUAUUUGCACCCAAAAAGAACCUUUAUGGGAUGAACGAAUGACGUGGGAAGGUCAAAAAAAUAAAAUGAUUCAAGCAUACACCAUGUGUAUCAUGGACUACAACUUCUAUGUCCUAGACAACGCCUUUUUGAUACACAAGCCAGGAAUAAAAAAGGAAAAGUUACAAAUGACCAAAUUCAAAAACGAAGUGAAAAAAUCGAACCAACUGAUUGUGGACAUAUCUGUAGAGCUGCAAAGGAUGUACGGCGAAAAUAAGAACUGCAGUACUAGUUACAAAGGCAAAAUUGUUAAAGUCAAAGUGAAGAAGUCUAUAUUAUAACCCCGAGAACAUAUGUCUUAGCAAGAACUAAAUUUUUGAAAAGUUGCUGCAGAAUCAUCAGAAUCUUGUUACAUUAUAAAUAUGGCUACUUCUCAAACAUUAUCCGAAAUAAAACAUUAACAGAAUUAAUUACAACAGCAGUAAACAAAAAAUAAACAACUUUUGCGUUUCAAGCAAUAAUAAGUGAUAUUUAUAAAAAGCAAUACUUAUAUUUUACACAUUUGAAUAAUGUCAGCUUCGUAUAAUACAGAGCCUAAAUGAGAAAGUGUGACAAAAAUCAGAAUAACAAACCAAAUUUAAUUGUUUAUUUCUAUAUUAUGAUACUCUACAGGCUGUCCCGAUAUUCCGUGGACAUAGAACAACUACGCAUUUUUGAGUUAAUUCGCAAAUCUCAAAAUGUAUAAAUCAAAUACCGCUUUCUUAAAAUAUCUUAAAGUGUGUUAAUUUUUUUAAAGUCUGAUGCCCUCUAAUGGACGAAUGAAGACUUGUAUGAAGGUAAAUUGUCCACGGAAUAUUGGGACAUCAUAUAAUCAAAUAACUUUGAAGGAAAUCGUAAGUCAAAAACCUUUGUACGAAAAAACACCUUAAUAUAUAAAAAAACUCCCCUCUGAUUUUUUGCACAUCAUUUAGACUUUACCCUGUAUAUCUUCUCUAAUUUAUUCGUGUAUAAAUUUACUGUCAUUACAAA